AUGGCACAAUCAUAACACGAAGCCUCGAAGCUUGAUAUGCUUAAGAAUUUACCUUAAGAUUAUCAAUUUAGCACUUUCGAGACCAUCCUUGGCUUAUAUAUCAGAUUCUAAAUCGACAGAAGACUAGUGAAAUCUGAACUUUUAGAUAAGAGAUAAGAAAAAUUUGUAUUUGAUGUCUUGCUUGACCAUAAAUAUCCAUUCUAAUAGCCUCAGAUAUUCUGUAGAACACCUUUUUCAAUCCCACCUUUGAAUGACGGUAGAGAUCUCUUCAGUGAUAUCCUAAAGAGUGAAUGGAAGAUUGCUAAAAAAUUAUACGAGAUCGUACAAUACAUUCCAGAGUUUAUAUCUGAAGUGAAAAUUACUGAAGAAGAAAUGAAAGUUUAUGGAACUUUCCACUUAGGUUAUCUCUAUGAAAUGAGUAAUUGGGGCCCAGGUGGGGUUGAUAGAGGCUCAAAGAUAUUUGAGUGUGAAGAGUAAGAUGAACAAGAUGAAGAGCUAUACUAUGCUAGAUAUCUAGUCAUUACUUAAUCAGCUCUUUUGAUUUUAGAACCUCAGAAGAAUCUUAGAAAUAUGGGAUUAUUAUUAUCUUGGGCAACUCUUCAAAGCUUAGAUAAGCUGAGAAGGAACCUGAAUAGACCAGAUCUUGUAUCCUUUGUAUGGAGACAUAUUGACGGAAAGUAACCUUGGGUCUUAAAUCUCUUGAUUUCUAAGCAUGAGGAAUGUAUCAGCACUCUUGUCUCAAAUAUGCAGAAUAUGGGAGUUGGAGUUGAUAGAAAUACCAAGAAUCAAACAAAGAUCAAAGAAAGUGAAGUGACAAAGGAUGCAAUUCAGCAAAUGGACAUUGAAUAAAUCUUAGAGCAUAUAAGUGUCUAUGAAAAUGCAAUAAAUCAUGACUUAAGCAUUUCUACUGUCCAAACUUUGACAACUCUUUACUAGAAAGCAAUUGAAUAUUACUCAGCAUUUGAUGAUCUUAUGUACAAUGAUUUCCUCAAUAGAAUGCAAAGUUUAUUGCAAAGAGAUGAUAUUUAAAUAGUUCUAAAUUCUGUGGAAGAUGAGCAAAAAUAAUAAACAGCUGCUAGUCUACUCUUUAACAAAAACCAAGCUGAACAAUAAGAAUAAUAACAGAGAUCAAAGCCAUAGAUUGACUUUGAUGUUGGUGAUGAUGAUGAGGAUGAUAACUCAUAGUAAACUACUUAGACUUAAUCAACAAUCCAACAAUAGCAAGUGGUUGACAAGAAGAAGGUUUUUACUAUUGGUGGAGAAGAUGAUGAUGAUGAUCAAUAAUAGGAGCAAUAGGAAGAAGAAUAUGAUGAGGAAGACUAAGAAGAAGAAGAAGAAGAGUAAGUUGAGUCAAAGACUGAAGAAAUUCAAUAAUAGAAAUAAGAGGAAUAAAAACAUCAAGAAGAAAAGGCUUAAAACUAGGAAAUUUAUGAGGAGUAAAAAGAGGAAGUGAAAUAGGUAGAAGUCGAAACUAAAGUUACAGAUUAGGCAAAAGAAUAACCAGUGGUUGAAUAAAAGCAAGCUGAAUAAAUCUAGACUACAACUGUGACUGCUAAAGUAGAGGUAAAAACUGAUAAUAUGCAAUCGGAUCAGCUAGAUGAUGAAGUUGAUGCUGAACUCUUGAAAUUAGAACAAGAUAGUGAUGAAGAGGAUAAACCAAAAGAAAGCAAGUUAGACUAAGAAGUCAAUGUAUAUGAUAAAGAAACAAAAGAGUGA